AUGACGGCCGAAACAGGGAAAGCAAUUGACGAGAACUACGGUAGGUCGGUGAAUUUGGCCGACAACACUGAUGUCGAUUCUACUUUUUCUAAGGAUAACAUCGGUACCGAAAACGUUAUCACUCAUGUUACAUCGAUCGAUGGUAAACUGAUUGACAUCACAGGUGACGUAGAUGAAGCAAUGGAGUAUGCAAUUGAAGCAGAGGCUGAAGAUGUGGAGCUUACGCAGGAAGAGGAGAAUAAACUUGUAUGGAAAAUAGAUUUUUAUCUACUACCUCUAAUCUGCCUAUUAUAUGCUGUCCAGUUUAUGGACAAGGUAUCAACGGGAUAUGCUGCUAUCAUGGGUUUACAAAAUUAUUAUCACAUGCAUGGGAACCAAUAUUCUUGGUGUGGUUCAGCCUUUUACUUGGGCUAUUUAAUCUUUGAAUUCCCAAUGAGUAUCGCAUUGCAAAGAUUUCCCGUUGCAAAAUUUGUCUCUGUCACUAUUAUUUUGUGGGGCUUGAUCAUCUGUCUACAUGCAACCCCUGCAAAUUAUGCUGGCUUCGUUACCUUGAGAACCAUUUUAGGUGUUUUAGAAUCUGCUGUUACUCCUGCAAUGGUCAUUAUCACUGGUCAGUGGUACAAGGCUGAUGAACAAUUUUUGAGAACAGCAAUUUGGUUUUCGUCAAAUGGUUUGGGCACCAUCAUUGGCAGUUCAAUUGCAUAUGGCCUAGCAAUAAGACCACACUCAUACACGUUGGAAUCGUGGAAGGUGUUGUUUAUUGUUAUAGGAUGCAUCACCAUUGCUGUUGGUUUUAUGAUUUUGAUCCACAUUCCAGAUCUACCUGUCAAAGCUUGGUUUUUGAAUGCCAAGCAAAGAAAACAAGUUGUGCUUAGAAUCAAAAGCAAUCAACAAGGGUUUGGAAACAGACAUUUCAAAUGGCAUCAGUUCAAGGAAGCAAUCAUGGACAUCAACACAUGGAUUUUCUUUUUCUUCUCAGUCGCCUUUCAAAUUCCCAAUGGUGCUCUAACAAAUUUUGGCUCACUUCUUUUGAAGGGUGUUUUUGGAUACUCUUCAACUCACACCCUAUUGAUGAAUCUUAUUGCUGGUGGUGUUGAGCUAGGUGGGUGUAUUUUGUUUGCCUGGCUUAAUAAAUUUAUUAACCACAAAAUGGGUAUGGCCACGUUCAUUGUUGGACUUUCUCUAGUUUCAUCUUGUAUGCUUGCAUUCCCUUUACAAAGUCCCCACGCCAGACUAGCUGGCUAUUACCUUUACAACUUAUGUCCCAUUGGAAUGAUUUGUUGCUUAUCGUGUUUCACAUCUAAUGUUGCUGGCCACACUAAAAAGCUCACAGUCAAUGCGCUAUAUCUUAUUGGAUAUUCUGUGGGUAACUUAAUUGGUCCACAAACUUUCAUCUCUUCUCAAGCUCCUAAAUACAGAGGAGGUCAAGUUGCCAUGGUUGUUUGCCUUGCUGUGUCUCUAAUUUUAAUUGCAUGGGUGUAUUAUAAUUACUGGAGUGAAAACAGAAGAAGGGAUAAACUGCAAGCCGAAGGUAAGCUUCAAAUCCCUCAUUUUGAAAAUUAUGAAUUCGCUGAUUUGACCGAUAAAGAAAACGUCUUAUUUAGGUACACAUUGUAA